AUGUUCACGAGGGAAAAAUACAUUCCGGAAGGGUUGGAAAAAUGGAGAAGUGACCAUCAAGCUGUAAGUCGUCAAAGAGAUGGCAACAGUUGUGGAGUCUUUGUUCUUAUGUAUGCUGAAGCCAUUCUGUGCAACGUAAAUGUGCAGAUAAUGAGGCAGUGUCAUGUGGCCAGAUACAGAAGGUACAUUAAGCAAAGACUGAUGGAUGGUACGACAGAAGAGGAUGACGUGUGCCAGAUUCCUUUUUGUAGGAAGCCCAAGUCGGGGAUUUGGACACAAUGUCAAGACUGUUCCAUCUGGGUGCACCUACAGUGUUCGAACAACAACAGAAGGAAAGUGUCAAAGGAGGAUCAUAUCUGCCUGUUGUGUGUUUGGCGGGAAGAAUGCAAACUUGGAUGUUAACGUUGUACAUCCUUAAGUUGCUUCUCUUAUGGACAGAUCCGGACGGUGGUUGCUGUUUUUGGGCACUUUGUAUGAUACCAUAUUUGACUGUUGUGUUUAUGUGAAGAAUGCAGACUUGAAUAUUAAUAUAUUAAUGAUGCUAUGUACACUUUGUACUUAAGAUGGUAGGGGACACCUCCAUAUUUAUAUGUACUAUUUAUCAAAAUAAACAAAAAUUGAAUUGUAAUUUUUUAAAUACCGGUAUUUUCUUUCCCAAAUUUGUUAUUCAACAGUGUAGCGCAGUGGGUAAGAGGUUUCUCUACGAGUCUGCAAGUCAUGAGUUCAAAUCCCGCUGUGGAUUUUAAAAUUUUACUUUCUCAAUAGAGUAUUUUUGGUUAAAUAUUCUGAGAUUUGAAUAUUCCA